UGAACGGAGACAACGUCUAUUACAUGAACGGAGACGACGUCUACAACACUCGCUCGUGCACCCCAGACGGCACCCCAGACGGCACCCCAGACGACGCGUCCAUCACCCGAUGCCGCCCGACCUCGCCCCGGAGGACACAGCCCGCGCGAGCCUGCACUCCAAAUCGCCCUCCGCCUCGGGCGGCACCGACAGAUCGCACGAGUCGUACCUCUUCCUCCCAGCCUCCACCACGUCCGGGGACAGAUCGUCCAGCAGGUUGUUGAUGGACGUGUCGACGAGCGCGAGGUACUCCGCGGGUCCGUCGAAGUCAACCUUGACGCGAGCGUUGUUGGCUUUGAGCAUAGCCUCCGUCGUCGAGACGGACUGGAUGAUGUCCUGGACGGCGUACGGAUCCGCGCCGUAGGCGUCGGAGAGGGUGGGCAGGGACCUGGCCAGCGGGCCGCUGACCCUGGUGCUGGUCUUGUUGAGCGCCUGGGACAGGUCGCACGGGAACGUCGGCGCCGGGCACGUGUCCUUCCAGUCGACGAGCUGAUCCUGGACGUUCUUGAUGGAGUCCUUCACCCCGAAGACGACGGCGAGCGCCUGCGCGGGAUCGUUGAUGGGCACGUCGAGGUCCUUGUUGUAGAU